AUAUAAUCAAGAAUUACUGCCCGAGAUGUACUAGCCUUCCCAUACUGGAGUGAGGUCUGGAGUAGCAGCUGAAAGUUUGCAACCCAGCAACCCAGCAACCCGUGCAGUAGCAACCAAUUAAACAACAACCAAACCCACAGGUACCUUUUUCUUUUCUCAGCGGUCUACAUACUUUUUUUCCACCUUUCCCAACCCACCAUCUGAAAUCCGAUCGCGCUACUUUACUCUCUUGCGACUUUCGGAUUCACACCAUCGUUCAAUCCCACCUACCCGUCUUUUUCUUCUUUUUUCUUACCACUCGUACUCGCACAUCUACACACAUACGUAAUCCUCCUCGAAUCUUCAGUCACAAUGGCUAGCAACAACGGUGUUACCAUCCCCGAAGACACGGCCGCUUCCAAGGCCGAGGAGACUGUCCAGACUAAGGGCAAGGGCAAGGCUCCUGAGGAGCAGGCUGACACCACUAUGGAGGAGGACGACGAUGAUGACGACGAAGAGGAAGAGGGUGAGGGCGGUGACGACGAUGCCGAGGACAACCUGGACGAGAUCGAUCCCGGCAACAUCGUAGAGGGUGGUCGACGUACCCGAGGCCGUGUUAUUGACUGGGCCAAGGCCGCGCAGGAGAACCCCGCCGAAGACGACGACGACGACGACGAGGAUGAAUACGAGCCCGCGGGCGAGGAGAACGAGGGCGACAAGAUGGACGAGGACUAAAUUGGUUCUCACACGCACUCACACAUACACACCGCCUUCCGCCCCGCUUGUGUGCGCCCAGCUAGUUGGAUAAGGGGACGAGUUCCAACUGGAUUUGAGCAAGCUUGCCUGUCAAUUAAAUCUCCAAAUAUCCUCAACGCAUCAUCAUCAUUACUUUGUUGUUGUUGCCCCCCUUUCGGUCUCUUGGCGGUUUUCGUUACCGGGUCUACUGAUUUCGGGCGUUCGAUAGUAGAAAAAUACGAUCACGCGUUUCCAGAUAGGGAAUGAAGAAGUCCCUCCCCCAAAAAAGCCGAUGGUCGAACGGAAAAUAUAGCUCUGUAGCUUAGGUCUAUCUGCCACGAUUAUUACUCCUGACUGGCGGCCUGGCAUGAACUCAGGUCACUAAUAUACGCAUGAAUACAAGAAAAUGUUAGUAUAUUGCCACGUUCUAGAUCUAGAUCUCCGUAGCCCACAACUCAGGACAGAUAUCGGUGGUCUGGUUGGGUUAGGUAUCUUAACCAUACCAUACGACUUACGUGGAGCUAGUAAUAGGGAAUUUACCAAUCCACUUGCCCCGUACCUAGUAAUAUUUGGUUAAGUUAGUGCGGAAUUAUUCCUAAUUUAUAUAGCCAUUAACCAGUGGCAUUGAAAAGU